UAUUGUGCAACUCACUUUUCGAGUGCUUUUCAGAUAUUACUGAUUUUUUUUUUGAGAAUUUUUAGAAUCAGAAUGUUUUUCAAUUAAUUUAUUUAUAACUAAUGAAUUUAUAAUAACGUACUGCUUUGUGUCUUGUGAAACUGUAAAUAAGGAAAAAUGAAACUGUGGCUUGUUGUACUUCAUAUAAUUUUAGUCGGUACUAAUUUAUGGGUAACUGCUCACUUUCACGAGGACGUUCAUGAAGACAAUGAAUUUGCUGAAUUUGAAGAUUUCGAGGAGGAAAAACCGAAAGCACCUGCGGUUAUAGAAAGUGAGACUGAUGAAUUUAUUGAAACAGAGAAGGAUCAAACUUUCGAAGAAGACGAUGUUUUAGUGGAAGAUGCAGACAGUGAAUUCGAUCACUUUCAAGAUGAAGAGGAAUUCGAAGGAUUGGACGUAGGUGGCGGAAAUGCGAAUGGAAAACCAGACGAACCGUCAACUCUCACAAUUACCAAAGUCCCUCUUCAUUUACGUGCAAGAUGGGAUAGUUUCUAUUUGGAAAUUUUAAUGGUCGCUGGUUUGGUUGUCUACUUUAUAAACUACAUUGCUGGCAGAUCGAAAAAUUGUCGUAUCGCCGAGUCCUGGUUCAAUGAUCACAAUCAACUGUUCACCGACAAUUUUUCCCUCGUCGGCGAUACGGGAAAGUCGAGUGAAGAAUCCUCCGACAAUGGCGGUACAGUUGUUAAAGAAAGUGAAUCACAAUACAGUCUCUAUUGUUCCGGGAGAGUGGGCUGUGAUUCAAUGCUCAUUGAACUGAAAUUAAUAAAACGACAAGAUUUAGUUGCCGUUUUAGCACAAAUUGUGCGACCACAGAAUGAUCAAGCGCAAAUUAGAAUUGAAUUCUCGAAAGAUGAGACUGAUAAUUUUGUUCUUGCUGUUGCUUCGAAGAAAACAGCAAUGCAUUUCACGAAAGACGUCGCUGAUAUUAGUGUCUAUUGUCCCGAGAAACGACCCGGUGAAAAGUUUAAUUUACCCUCUGGUUUUUAUGUGAUGUCCGAAAUUGCUGAAGCAACUUUCACAGUCUUGGAUACGAGGGUUAUUCAAGCUUUUACUAAAUAUGCUCAGUAUAUUGAUUAUAUUCAUGUUAGUGAUCAAUUUAGUGGCGCAAAACAACAAGAGGAUUCUAGUCAACUCACAAUGCCGGAAGUGAAACGAGUACUUUUAAUAGGUCUGAACAUCAGUAUUAAGGGCCGUAUUCAAAGUGCAGAAAUGCAGGAAAGAAUGAGGCCUUUACUUCACUUAACUUUCCAUUUAUUGGACAAAUUACGUCGCUUCAAAUUAUCUAAAGAGGGAAGAUCGAAAAGUGACAAAAAUAGACAGCGAGUGGAAGAAGCAUUUUUAAAAACGACACACGCUGCUCGAGCUGAAGCGGCCGCUCAACGUCGCGAGGAACGUCGACGACAGGAAAAAGAGAGAAUCCUCCAGGAAGAGGAUCCAGACAAACAGAGAAAAUGGGAGGAGAAGGAGCAGAAACGUCUCGCCAAGAAACGAGCUCCCAGAAUGAAACAACUCAAAGUUAAAGCAUUGUGACCCAAUAAUGAAAAUGAAGCAAAUAUCGAUACGCGAGAAAAUUGAAGAAAACAAAUUUAAAAAAAAAAUAAUUAAAAAACGCAAUUAAAAAUUGAAAAAAAAAAUUUAUAAAUAGCAUCGGAAGUAAACAAAAUGAAAUUUGAAUCAAUGAACUGAUCAAAGAAUUAUUUAAUAUUCUCGCUGCCAAUUUAGCGACUAAAAUUGUCGUUAUUUAUAAUAUAAAAGUCUGAAAAAUAUGGUGAUUAUAAAAUCAUAUAAGUUUACCGUCAAUAGGUAAAUAUCGACCUUGCACCAAGUUUACCAUGAUUUAGACAAACUUGGUAAACUUGUUGCAAUUUUAAACUACUACAUUUACAUUGAAAAGAAUAAUGAAAUUGUUUCUGAAAAAAAUGAAAAUUGUCACGCACUUGCGUACAAUGUGAAUGAAUAAAAGUUUUUUUUUAAAGUAAAA